UCGAAAUGAUACUCGUGGAGAAACAAUUAUUUCGAAUAUCUCUUCCUUCGGUUUGACAAUGGAUGAGAAUGGAUCUCUCUAUGUUGUUGACUAUGGAAACCAUGAAGUAAGACGAUAUGAAAUUGGUGACACUAAAGGAACAGUGGUUGCAGGUGGGAAUGGGAAAGGAAAUGGUCUCGAUCAACUCUCUAACCCUACCUACGUAUUUGUCGAUCGAGAUCAUUCAGUAUAUGUGUCUGAUACAUGGAAUCAUCGUGUAAUGAAAUGGGAAGAAGGUGCAAAGCAAGGUAUUGUCGUAGCCGGUGGUCAAGAAAAAGGAAAUAGUCUUACACAAUUGACAGGACCUAACCAAGUCGUUGUCGAUCAAUUGUGUACUGUUUAUGUGGCUGAUUGUAGUAAUGAUCGAAUCAUGCGUUGGCCAAAAGGAGCCACACAGGGAAGUGUCAUUGUUGGUGGAAGCGGCAGAGGAGCACAGUCGGAUCAACUCGAUCGUCCCAUAGGUUUAUCAUUUGAUCGACAUGGCAAUCUCUAUGUCGUCGAUUACGGAAAUCAUCGAGUACAAAAAUUUAAUGUCGAACAAACUCAUUACGAUGAUUAA